AUGCAUCUGAUGGAAGGAGAGUUUGAAGACGACGUGGUGGACGCAAUGGAUCUCCAGCAGCAGCAGCAGCAGCAGCGGACCAAGUGCGUGAUGUACCCGCCGCGGCUUAUGGUGGACUUCAAGAGCUUGGGGGUGGAAGCACUGAAACGCUACGGCAAAUUCUACCAUCUCAAGCUGAGCGAGGACUGGACAAAAGAAGAGCUGGCGGCUCAGGUGGCACGUCACUUUGAUCUGUCGCUGGACGUGGAGGAAGACGACUCGAUCGUUGCGUUCAUGCAGCGGCUGCGCAAUGGUGAGCGGACGGCAGUGAAGCGCUCAGCUGUGCGUGAGAAGGAGCGGAAGGCACUGGUAACAGCAGAGAAAGCCAAGCACAAGUCGACGAGUCGCAAGCGCCAACGCGAUCAUUCCGUGUCGAUGUCGUCGGGACGCAGCGCGAAUAACAACAGGUCGAGUCACACUGCGAGCAUUUCUACUGCUGGCAACGCGCCUAAUCACGGACAUGGCAGUAGCCACUCGAGUGGGGCGCCGAGCGGUAGCCACAGCAGUCGGAGCCAUGGAAGCGAAGGCCGCAAAGCGCCUCCGAACAGUUCGAAACUCUCGAAUGCGUCGGGCGGCAAGACGAAGAAGACCAAGAAGGACGCAGACGCGGGCGAAGACAAUGAACUCUACUGCAUCUGCAACCUCCCGAGCUACGGCAAUAUGAUUGCUUGCGACGGCAAGACGUGUCCGAACCCGUCGCAGUGGUACCAUCUCGAGUGUGUCGGCCUUGCUGACGGUCGCCACCCAGACACAUGGUUAUGUCCCGAGUGCGACCCCAAAGGCUUCUCGAAUGGCGCUGCCAAUUGCCACAAGAAGAAGAAGAACAAACGCUCCAAGUCGCCUGGCAACAAGUAA